AUGAACGGCAAUAUAAAGGCUUAUUAUCCUUUUGAAAUAAAGAAGUUGGAUAAGGAGGAGUAUGCGGAAGUGUUUAAACACUUUAAUGGAGAUACAGGUACUAUAGAAGAUUUUAUACGUGUCGGUCCAAAGGGCUAUUGGUUUAUUAGUGGGUUUGCAGAAGAGGCUCCAAAAAUCUACAAUAUGGAACUUAGACCAGACGAUGUUUGGGUGAUAUCAUAUCCAAAAUCAGGGACAACAUGGAUGCAAGAGUUAGUGUGGCAGGUCGCCAACGAUUUCGACUACGCUAAAGCUGAGCUCAUUCCGCUCAUGCAAAGAUUCCCCUUCUUAGAGUUUGCUCUUUUUUUUAACGGCGAGAAAGCUCAAACAGUGUUAGGACGUAAUGAGAAAGACAAGGCUUUUUUGGACGCAAUGAGCAAAUCGUUCGAUCAAGUGUCGUCGAUGCCGUCGCCACGGUUCAUCAAGUCGCACCUGCCGCUGUCGCUGCUGCCGCCCGCGCUGCUGGACUCCUGCCGCGUGGUGCACGUGGCGCGCGACCCCAGGGACGUGGCCGUCUCCUACUACCACCACUACCACUUCUUCGGAUACAUGGGCUACACGGGCAACUUCAAGCAUUUCUGGAAUUUAUUCAUUGAAAAUAAACUUGAUUGGACUCCAUAUUUUGAGAACGUGAAAGAAUCGUGGCGGAUGAGGGACCACCCUAAUAUGUUGUUCCUGUUUUACGAAGAUGCCUUGAGGGACCUGCCGUCAACGGUGAAGAGAGUGGCUGCAUUCCUCGGGAAGGCGGUGACAGAGGAGCAGGUCAGCCGGCUCUGCGACCAUCUCGCUUUCGACAACUUCAAGAAAAAUAAAUCUGUCAACUUUGAGGCUAUCAAGGAAAUAAGCGUUGUUAAUAAGGAUGGCUCCUUUAUAAGAAAAGGCAAGGCGGGUGACUGGCGAGGGUAUUUCGACGAGGAGAUGAUGCAGCAGGCGCAGAGGUGGAUGGAGCACAACCUGCGAGACACUGACCUGAGGUUUCCUACCGUUGAAUAA